UUUAUCGCCUCUUCCGCAAAAUUCAACACGGCGGGAAAAAAACUUUAAGACAUCCUCGUGAAAGAAGAAUGAUGCUUCAGUUGAGGGACUCUCGUUGCCAAAUAAACAUCAUAUCAAUAACGUUUUUACUUUGUUUAAUGGUCACGGUGAUUUCACCAGCGACUGCUUGUUCCGACACCGGAAGCUUGGAUAUCAGGACAAAAUCUGGAAGCAUUGCGUGGCCAAGCGUGAACGUUACUAUAGGACGACAAAUCGAGCUGUAUUGCUCCAUUUUAGGUUAUGAUCCAUCAAAAGAUUUAGAAUGGACGUUCCGCAUAAAGCUGAAAUCGGAGUCAGUUCCGAAAAAAAGGAACUUGCAGCAACGAAAACUACCAUUUACCCCCGAAGCGACACACUGCAGCAACCAGCUUGUCUGCAGAUAUAACGGCACUAAGGAAAUAAGUACGACCAUGAAUUGCCAAGGAAACCCAAAAGCCAUGCAAGAUGCGUGUGGGCUGAACUCUGGAUGUACACUCAAUAAAUCUCAACAAGUCAGUCAAGACAUGAGAAUCACGACGAUAUCUGGAAGCACUGCGUGGCCAAGCGUGAACGUUACUAUAGGACGACAUGCCGAGCUGUAUUGCUCCAUUUUAGGUCAUUAUCCAUCAAAAGACAUGGAAUGGACUUUCCGCAAAAAGCUCGAAUUAGAUUCAUCUCCAAAAAAUGAGUAUUUGCUGCAGCGAAAACUAACUUUUACCCCCGAAGCGACUCACUGCGGCCACCAGCUUGUUUGCAACUAUGACGGCACCAAAGAAAUCAGUACGACCAUGAAUUGUCAAGAAUCUGCUCCUGAAUCUGCAAAGAUUGGCCCAACACACGCUCCUUCAACCGCCCACAGGCCUCAAGUUCCCCAUUUGAACCAAGUCGCCUAUGCAAUCCUGGUCUCUGCUACGAUCAUCCUGCUUGAUUAAUAUUUCAUGAUUAAUUUUAGUGACAUUUGAUUAUUUAACAAUAUCUAAGUUAUUUCCAAUUCAUGCGAUCACAAAUCAAAAUUUGAUUUAUUUGUGAGAAAUAUCUAUCAUACACUGAUUUAAUGAUGAACUUUUACGGGGCCCGACACAAAUGAAUUCGAAUUUCGCGUCGCUCAAGAAGACGCUCGUCAAUUCGGAAACCUUGUUAAAUUUUUGGUAUCUCAUUAUAAUAUAUGGUUUGUCAUAUGCCAGUAAUUGCUAAUGUAUGUUCUGGCAAUAAGCUCUUCUCCAGUCUUAAUUUUUGCAGUUCAUCAUAAUUAACAAGGAGAGCAUUUCAAAAACAAAACGAGAUUGCAUUCAAAUUAGCAAACAAACUCAAAUAAUUUCAGCAGCCGUAGCUUUUGAUGCAGACUUGUUUCGUCGGUCACUGAAGUGCCAGCGUUUGCCAUUCAUAUAAUAUUGAUCCUGGCAGGUGAUGUCACGCGAAUAGACUAGGCCUAAACUGAUAAAUAUUCCAACAUGAUUUGUACGGUGGUACCGAUUAUUUAUUGUAAUAAUCUUAAUUCAAUUAGUAAUCAUUAAU